UUUAUCACCGGACAUAGUUAGUUUCAUAAUGUGCUUCAGAAAGUUGUGCUAUUUUUUGCUUCUGCUGCUAAUUGCACUCGGAAUUAGAUCAACCAGUGCCGUCCAAUGUAACGCCAACUGUAAACCACCAAACUGCCGUUGUUCCUCAACGGAAAUUCCGGGAGGGUUGGCGCCAAAGGACACCCCUCAGUUCGUGCUGCUUACGUUUGACGAUGCGGUCACCGUGCAUAACGUUCCGUACUACCGGGAGGCUUUCACCGGCCGGACAAACAACGACUCCUGUCCGGUGGCGGCGACCUUUUUCGUGUCCCACGAGUACACCGAUUACAGUUUGGUUCAUGAGUUGUACUCGGCCGGGCACGAGAUCGCGUUGCAUUCGAUUUCGCACAGCUCAAACACCCAGUACUGGCGGGAUGCGUCGGUGGCCCAGUUGGCCGACGAGUUUGGUGGGGAACGGACCAUGAUGGAGAAGUUUGCCAAGAUUCCCGGAGGGCACGUGCAGGGACUGAGGAUGCCCUUUCUGCAAAUGGCCGGCAACAACUCGUUCCAGAUGAUGAAGGACAGCGGGUUUACGUACGAUUGCUCGAUGCCAACGAGGGCGCACGUGUCUCCGGGAAUGUGGCCGUACACGUUGGACUACGAGAGUAGUCAGGAUUGUGUCAUUGGGUCUUGCCCGACGGGAAGCUUCCCGGGCGUCUGGGUUAUCCCGAUGAUUACGUGGACCACCAAGGAUGGGUUUCCCUGUGCCAUGGUAGACACAUGUCUUGGAAUGCCAAAUUCAACCCAAGAAUUGUUCGAGUACUUCAAGAGCAACUUUGAGCAAACGUAUCUAACAAACAAAGCUCCCUUCGGGUUUUACGUCCAUGCGGCCUGGUUCGACGUAAGUCCCGUCCACUUUGAAGCGUACAAAAUGUUCUUGGACUAUCUGCAGAACCUUCAAGAUGUCUACAUGGUCAGCGGAUCGACGGUGAUUGACUGGGUCCGCAGUCCCGUUCCGCUGUCUCAGAUGAAUUCAAAGUGCCGGAAACCAGCGGUCCCCACCUGUCGGCCCGUGUCCUGUGAGUUGUGCAAAAAGGAGGACAACAACUUCACCACCAGGUGGGCCAAAUUUUGCGACGUUCCGUGCCCGGGCUCGUACCCUUGGCUGCAGAACCACCUGGGGACGGAGAGUUACGGCGAUGGGUGCAAGAAGGCGUGGCUGUGAGGGUGUUCGAGGAAGAUAAGCUUGUUGAGGUAUUUGUUUGCCACUUGAAACAUCAGUGACAAUUGUAGUGUGUGAGCUUGUUCUUGAACGAUGUGUUAAUUUUAAUGUCUGAUUUUGUGGAUUUUGCAGAAAUAAAAUGGUUUUUUGUUUA